CAGCAGUCCAGACGUUCCAACCUGCUGAUGGGCCGCGUUCCCAAGCGUCGUGCUCAACCCACACCUGAGCCCCCCGAUAUGUUAGAGGACGAAGUUCAGUUACCAGCUUCUACUGCAGACGCUGAGGUCGAUACCUCCCCAUCGACGUUACUGCUCUCCCCAGUGUGUACAAACGGCAGAACUGGCAGUCGGGUGCACACUCGGCCUCGGUGCGAACGCGUCUGUCAGGCACUGCAGCAGUCACCAUCCGCGAUCACUGAGGCCAACGAGGACCAAUUGCCAACCAACGAACCCAACUCCAGGAAGCCUUCAGAUCCACAGGUGAUCAGUGAAGCCUCAAACUCGGCCGCCAAAGCUACGAGCGGGGACGUCAGUACCUGGUGGACUGGUUUUGAGGCCACAACCAAUUACAAUACAAAUAUACUCGCGCCAGAUCAACCAUCUCCUUACCAAUCGUCAAACCAGGAUGAGCUAACUAUAGCUGGCGUGCCUCCUGAGCGUUUCCACCUUCGCUCGCGGCUGCCGGCUGUCGGCCCCGCGUACUUCCUCCAUCUGACCUAUUACUCCGUUCUGAGCAGAUGUUAG